AUGUCGAAGCAAAUGGGAAUACGUUUUCAUCCUACUGAUACGGAGCUAAUCAACUAUCUUAAGAGGUUUUUCAAAGGCGAAUUAUCAUUGAAUCAACAAUGUCCUAUCCAGUUUGCGGAUAUAUAUGGAGAUCAACCACCAUGGGAGAUAUUUGGAGCUAAUUGUGAAGAGAAGUUUCGUUACUUUAUUACUCCUUUGAAGAAGCGGAAGAUUAAAGAUAAAAGGUUUUGUCGAACUUGUGCUAAAGGGACGUGGAAAGGGCAAACCGGAGAAGAUCUUAUAAGGAGAAAUCGUAUGGGUCCUGUGGUAGGGUUUAAGAGAAAUUUCAAGUUUGAAACAAGUGAGUGUGGCCAAAAUAAAACUUGGUUGAUGAUAGAAUAUCGUGUUGCGGAUAGUUUCUUUAAGGAAAACAAUCAUAUUGUUAAAGAAGAUUUUGUAGUGUGUCGAAUCAAGAAGAAGCUAUCGAUGGAUAAAGAGAAGAAUGUGGAUCAUGUUAUGGAUGCAGAAGAUGGAGAUGUUGCGGGGGUUAUUGAUCCUAUGUUGCUGCUUGAACCUAAUGAUAAUAACGACUACUCCACAACGGAAGAUCAAGUUAGAGUUUGUGAGGCUACAACUUCCGAAUAUGAUGUUCAAAACAGUAGUACAAUGGAGAAGAGAGGGACAACGUUGGAAGUACAAGAAGGCCACAUAGUUGAUGAUAUUAUUAGAAGUGAGGAAGAUAUGUAUACAACAUUGGAGGACAUCCUUGUUGAUAUUCCUGAUGAUUGGUUGCAACAUUCAUUAGUUUGA